UAGUGUAACUUUUGGUGAUGCUACUGGGAAUAUCCUGAUAACAUGACCAAUCCAAACUUAUUUGAUCUUCCAUACGAUGGACUGUGUAUGGAGUUCCUCAAUGGCUGAAUGUUUAGCCAGCCAGAAAAUGUUAUUUUUAUUCCAAACAUCCAUCCUAUCGGACUUCACCCACAUUUUAAAUAUUUACAGUAUCUACUACCAAGUCAACGGAGCCUCCAUUGCACAGUACCAGCACUCUUCCUAGUAGCGUAGUGAACUCAACGUCUUGCGUGAACACCAGCGUAAUGGUGUCGGGUCAAACCGGCUACAUCAGCAACUACGUCCCCAAUGCUCACUAUCCACCUAACAUGGACUGUCGAUGGGAAAUAGCAGCCCCACAGGAGUCGUUCAUUGUCAUCCAUUUCGACAAAUUCGAGCUGGAGUUCUCUGAGAAGUGCCUUGCGGACUACUUGUCUGUGUAUAACGGCGCUGACGAUAGUUCCUCUCUGAUCAGUCGUCUGUGCGGGAAGAGGCGACUUGGUGAGAUGCUGUCGUCUGCCAACAAGAUGUUUCUUCACUUCUUGUCAGACGAGAGUGUUGAAGGUCGUGGAUUUUCAUUGCGGUAUAAAGUGGUUUCUAGAGUGCCUAUAACAACAACUCCGAUGGCUACCAUCCCUCCACCAGGCUGUUCGGGAAAGAGUCUAAAUUUUACCCAGUCAUCAGGCACGCUGACGUCGCCACGCUUCGACGGGGUCAAUCCUUACGUGCCCAACCUCAACUGCAGUCAGUUGGUGGUAGUUUCCGCCCAUGAGGUUCUCACUCUUCAUUUCGAUGCAUUUGAGCUAGAGUUCUCAGCCAAUUGUUCCUUUGAUGGACUUAGAGUCUACGACGGACCAACCACUGAGGCUCCUUUGUUAGGAAAUGUGUGCGGUCUGCGGAAACCUCUGGACAUGAUUUCUUCUGGAAAUACUGUUCUGUUGCAUUUCAUGUCGGAUCAGGCAGUAGGAGGAAUAGGGUAUAAUGUUUCGUAUUUCAGCCAUAAACCAAUACCCACAUGCUCGCCGUUAGAGUUCACAUGCGGGUCAGGGGAGUGUGUCAGCUGGGGCUUGGUGUGUGACACGGUGUCCGACUGUUCUGAUGCCAGUGACGAAAUGGUCUGCGAAAAGACCUGCGGCAAGCCAAGAAUACUGCCAGACCUGGACACGCAUAGGAUUGUGGGUGGUAAGGAGGCGGUUCCUGGAAGCUGGCCGUGGCAGGUUUCGGUCCGCCGUGAUGAUGUACACCAAUGUGGUGGGACUCUCAUACACCCCUACUGGGUGGCGACGGCGGCGCAUUGCUUCGAGGCAACAGACAAUCCCUCAGUGUGGAGUAUAUCAGCGGGGAAACACAAGUUGCUCGGUGAUGACGUCAAUGAACAAGUCCGCCAGUCAUCGGCAAUCAUCGUCCACAGAAAGUACAACACGUACUCAUCCGUCAACGAUAUUGCUUUGCUGCGAUUGGCUGUGCCCAUCAACAUCACUGACCACGUGGAUGUCAUUUGUCUACCAAUCAAACCCGCAUCGACUGGCAUGCUCUGUUUUAUCACAGGCUGGGGAGAGACAGAAAAUACGUGUUGUGCUGGGACAUUAAAACAAGCCCCUGUACCCAUACUGCAUACUGCCACCUGUAACAGUCACGACUUCUACAAUGGACAGGUGUUCAAUGGGAUGUUUUGUGCUGGCUAUGUCGAAGGAGGGACGGAUGCCUGUAAUGGAGAUUCAGGUGGACCUCUCGUGUGUUCUAUGAAUGGAGCGUGGCACCUGGAAGGUAUCACGUCGUGGGGUGUAGGAUGUGCAGAUCUCAAGAAACCAGGUGUAUACACAAGUGUUUACAACUACACGAAAUGGAUUCAUCAAAAUAUUGCCCUCAAUAUGAUAAAGAACUAAUGACAUUUUUUUUUCUUCUAAAUCUUUCAUUUGUUAUAGAUCUAAAGAUCAUUAAAAUUAAUUAAAAUUCUG